UCGUGUUACUUAGUGUUGGCGCUUUAAUUUUUCGAAUUUCAAUAAAAAUUAUACCAAUUGAUACUCGAGAUGCAUCUUCAUACAAUAAACGAUAUUUCGAUGAAAUAAUGAAGGAAGCGAUGACCGAGAAUAAGGAAAGACUGGCGCGAGUACAAAUGCUAUGUAAAAAAUAUAAAAUGGGCUCAUUUAAAACUAUAGAUUACCAAGUAGAAUUUAAGGAUCCUCCAACUCCACAUUAUAACAUUUUAUACAUAGAUAGUAAACACAAUAUAUCCUACUGUCCUAUCUAUAAAUCUGGAAGUACCUCGUGGAUUUAUAAUUUAUGCUUAUUGAAUGGAAUUACGGAAGAGGAGCUUUUAAGUGGUAAAGAGCAAAUUUCAGUUAUUGCAAGGAGAGUAAUGCCGGAACUUGACUAUCCAGAAGCCGAUGAAUUUUUAAAAAAAACUAUGAAACUACUAAUUGUACGUCAUCCAUUCGAAAGAUUACUUAGCGCAUACCGUGACAAAUUAGAAAAUUCAGUAGCGGGACGAGAACAUGGUACUCUAUACUUUAAUAGGAAAUACAAUCAAGCUAUAGUGCGGAAAUACCGUGACAAGAGCCAUCCAUUGCCGACGGUGGGAGAACAGGUGAUACGUCGAUCUGGACAGCCGGGACCCGCGGGUACCGAGGCAACCUGGCGCGAAUUCGUCGACUACAUCAUCGCCACGGAUCUCGCGAGCUACGCCGACGACCACUGGAUGCCUUAUUAUCUUUACUGCACACCUUGCCUGAUUAAAUACGACUUUAUCGCAAAGGUCGAGACACUUGAACGUGAUCAGACAUACGUAAUUCAUCGGAUGGGCCUUACAGAUAAAAUAAGACCACUUUGGAAGCAUAAAAUAAGUAAUACAGACGCUGCUAAGGUUUACUUCAAACAAUUGACCAAAGAACACGUGCGCAAACUACAUGAGAAAUUCAAAUUGGAUUUAGAACUAUUUGGCUAUUCGAGCGAACGUUACUAUGAUUUUGCCACAUCUAGUACAUGA